CCCCCCUCUGCUCCUCCUCUGUUUCUUCUUCUUCCCACCAACAGCACUUAUAACUAUCCCCCUUCCUUCCUUUUCUUCCCCCCCAUUUCUCCCCUCUUCUUUAAUUGCCUUCCCAUUCUCUCUCCGGCGAAACCGACUCUGUAACGAUGAAGUUCGGCAAAAGCCUCAGCACCCAGAUCGACGAGACUCUGCCCGAGUGGAGGGACAAGUUCCUCUCCUACAAGGAGCUAAAAAAGAAAUUGAAGCUCAUCGAGCCCAACAACAGGGCCGGCGACGGCCCAGGAGAUAGGCCCGCCAAGCGGCCGAGACUGGACGGCGGCGUGACGGAGGAGGAGAUCGAUUUCAUCAAGCUUUUGGAAGACGAGCUCGAGAAGUUCAAUUCCUUCUUCGUCGAGAAAGAGGAAGAGUACAUCAUCAGAUUGAAGGAGCUGCAAGACUCCGUAGCAAGAGCGAAGGACUCGAACAACGACGAGAUCAUAAAGAUUCGUAAAGAGAUUGUCGAUUUCCACGGAGAGAUGGUUCUGCUAGAGAACUACAGCGCCCUUAACUACACAGGACUGGCAAAGAUACUGAAGAAGUACGACAAGCGAACCGGGGCACUAAUCCGGCUGCCAUUCAUCCAGAAGGUCCUGCAGGAGCCCUUCUUCACCACUGACUUGCUGAACAAGCUAGUGAAGGAGUGCGAGACGAUGCUCGAUCGCUUCUUCCCCGUCAAAUUGGCAGCAUUGGGAGCAUCAAGCCGGGGUAAUUCGAGCGAUGAAGAUGGCGACGAUGCAGGUCCUUCGACCUCAGCAGCUGCUGCUGCAAGCAAUGUUGAGGACGGGGUGCUUAACGUGCUCCCCAAGGAACUGGCGGAGAUCGAGCAGAUGCAGAGCCUGUACAUGAAGAGCUCGAUGUCGGCGCUGAGGAUCCUGAAGGAGAUUCGCAGCAGGAGCUCCACGGUGAGCGUGUUUUCGCUGCCGCCGAUUCAGGUGAGUGGUGGGUUGGAGGAGCCUUGGAACAAAGUUGCCAUCUUGGAGCAAGUGGCCAAGUAGUAGUAAGUGGAACAAGAAGAUGCAGAACAGUUUACAGGAUAUGUCUUGUAAAAUUUGCUUUGUUCUAAGUUUUUGAUUGUUUGAGUAGCUACCCACCUGUUUCAUGCAGAGCUUUUGUGCAUGGAGUUAGAGAAUGAUGGAAAUUAUAUGAUACUAACACAGAAGAGAGAUGGUGUAAAGUACUAGAAAGUGAAGGAAUCAAAACCAAUUAUGUCAGUUUAGUAUAACCAAUAUAUACUAUUUCUUUUGUAUGCAUCAAAUUUGUGCUAAGUUUUGAUUUGACUGUUUAUAGUUGAUUCUGGUAUUGUACUGAGGGUGUCUGCAGAAUGUCUUUUUCCCAGAGUCUAGUUUAUUGGGAGAUGGGUUUGGGAAUGCAAUUUGGAGAUGAUUUCCUUUCUACUUUUAGGUUAUAAGAACAUGAUGUUAGAUUCCCCACCAUUGAUAAAGCUUUGGCUGGAAGGCUUUCAGGGUGUGUGAGAAUUCACUCUUGAAGGUUGCUUUUGCUUGAAGGUUCCGUGGAGCAAAAGCAAUCCCAUGAUAGUUGAUUCGCAGUCAAGCAAAGGAUUUUAGGUUUAGGAUAUGAUUUGCAGGAGAAGGUCGUUGGAAUUGGCUGUGGGUAGUUGCUGCUGUCCCUUGACAUGGCGACUCUUCUUUGUCAAGAUAGGCAAGUGGGUCAUAAACCAACCGGUAUGAAUAAUUCGAGUUAUUAGAAGAAGUCUAUGUAUAGAUCUUACCUUACCCAUGUCGUCAAUUGACCUGGAAAUUGGAAUGACUCUGAUCUCAGGCUCUUUCAAUCCUAAAAUGGAUUGGGGGUAAGUGUGACAUGUUGGAAAGGAAAAAUGAGAACAUACAUAUCCACUCGAUCAUGCUUGCUUAUCUUUUUUGGAUGAAAAUCAUGCUUGCCUAACUUGAGAACUAAAUCGACUCCAUCCGCCAGCUCCUUUUGCCGUUUGAUUUAAGAUUCUGGAAAUGCUUGUGGAAUCUUCCCUUAUCUUACAAAUUGAAGGGUUUUUUUUGUUGGCAAAUGGGGCAGAGUUUCCUCUCGAUUCGAGCGAUGCUAUUGACUAAAACAUUGGUCACUGACAGUACGUAUUCAUUUGUCAUGACGAUACAGAAUUCAUUACUCAUUCUCGUCAUAAAUUGUCGUGUAGCUACGGAAUUAUGGGAGCUGGUUGGUUUAGGAUUAGGGUUAGGCUCUCUCCUCUUGGUCAUAUUGACGGUUGACAUAAUUUGUUCUUUGAUGGUCUCCAAUGUUAGUCUUGUUGGCGUUUAUGGCAUCCCGUUGUUGGCAGUCCGUAAUAAGCUUUCUAAAUUUCUCGUUCACUUUUACUCCUUGCUGGUUUAACAUGGUUGUACAUUUAGUGACUAACAACGCCCUUUCAUCGACAAUUCGACUAUUUAUCGACUGUCACGUUUAAUUGCUUAUUAUUCUUGGACAUUUUAUCUAUCAUCUAUUACCACAAAAAAUAAACUUAUCAUGAGAAGGAGCAGAAGCUUCAUAUAUAUGGAGUUUGAAAAUUUCUCUUAGCAUCAUUAGAAACACAUUCGAAAAUUGGUGAGCGCUUAUACUAUAUGAGAAUACCCACGAUGUUAGGUCUUCAGCCAAUUAUAAAAUGGGUCAGACAUGUCUGUCCAUUUGGCUUUGUCACAGUCCACUAAUAUGCAAUACAUUUCUGUAUUUUUCAAUGUGUGGAUAAAAUUUCUAGCUUCUUCCACCUAAUAGAUGUAUAAAUAAUGCAUCUCAUU